AUGGCGGCGUGCUCAGGGAUUCCCAGCAAGCUUGGCAUUCAGGAUUGCAGCUCAAAAAAUGUAACUGCAGCAGCAGGAACCAGUAGUAAUGAUGAUUUAUCAGUAAACUCUGUAAGUGGGAACAAAACCUACAGAGGCGGAAGAUCAAAAAGAGAUGUGUCACCACUCAACGCGAUAAGUGUUCAGAACAACGUGACAACGCCCAGCCCAGUUCUUAACCUCAAGGCAGAGCACAUCGGUGUGCAGCAAGUGAAUUUGUCAGGGAGAGGAAAUGCCUCUGCUUCCACAUCCUACACGUACAGGAUAGAGAUCGAAAGUGAUGGAACCACCAUUAGGAAUGAGUACAGUUUAACAGAGCCUGGCCUGGUUCUUAAUCUAACAGCACAGAACAUUGGUCCACAUCAAGUCAGCUUAAGGUGGACAGCAAAUUCUUCAGUGUCCUACACAUACAGGAUAGAGAUUGAAAGCAAUGGAACCACCAUUAGGAACGAGACGUCCAACGUCACUGAAGCUGAAAUUAUGGACCUAGAGCCUGGGACGUUGUACAGCUUCACAGUGUUUGCGGUGGCAGCUGAUGCUCAGACAGAAGGAGAGGGAGUAUCCAUAGCCCUGUACACGAAGCCCAGCACAGUUCUUGAUGUCACGGCAGAGAAUGUUGGUCCGACUGAUGUCAACUUAACAUGGACAGUGAAUGAUACAGCUUCCAAGUCCUACACGUACAGGAUAGAGAUUGAAAGUAAUGGUGCUGCCAUUAGGAAUGAGACAUCCAAUGUCACCGAGAUUGAAAUUACCAACUUAGAGCCUGGGACACUGUACAAGUUCACAGUAUCUGCAAAAUCAGGAAACAGUUCAAGUGAAGAAGGUGGAUUGUCUAUAAGCCUGUUUACAAAAUCUAGCCCAGUUCUUCAUCUCAGAGCACAAUACAUUGGUCUUGAGACAGUAAAUUUAACAUGGACAGUGAAUGACACAGCUUCCACGUCCUACACAUACAGGAUAGAGAUUGAAAGCAAUGGAACCAGCAUUAGGAACCAGACAUCCAACAACCCUGAAGCUGAAAUUGCCAACUUAGAGCCUGGAACACUGUACAGCUUCACAGUGUUUGCGGUGGCAGCUGAUGCUCAGACGGAAGGAGAGGGAGUAUCCAUAGCCCUGUACACCAGGCCCAGCCCGGUUCUUGACCUCAAGGCAGAGUAUAUCGGUGUGCAGCAAGUGAAUUUGUCAUGGAGAGUGAACGACUCUGCUUCCACGUCCUACACGUACAGGAUAGAGAUCGAAAGUGAUGGAACCACGAUUAGGAACAAGACAUCCAAGGUCCCUGAAGCUGAAAUUAUGGACCUAGAGCCUGGGACGUUGUACAACUUCACAGUGUUUGCAGUGGCAGCUGAUGCUCAGACGGAAGGAGAGGGAGUAUCCAUAGGGCGGUAUACACAGCCUGGCCUGGUUCUUAAUCUAACAGCACAGAACAUUGGUCCACAUCAAGUCAGCUUAAGGUGGACAGCAAAUUCUUCAGUGUCCUACACAUACAGGAUAGAGAUUGAAAGCAAUGGAACCACCAUUAGGAACGAGACGUCCAACGUCACUGAAGCUGAAAUUAUGGACCUAGAGCCUGGGACGUUGUACAGCUUCACAGUGUUUGCGGUGGCAGCUGAUGCUCAGACAGAAGGAGAGGGAGUAUCCAUAGCCCUGUACACGAGGCCCAGCCCAAUCCUUGAUCUCAAGGUGGAGUACAUUGGUGUGCAGAUUGUGAAUUUGUCAUGGAGAGUGAACGACUCUGCUUCCACGUCCUACAUGUACAGGAUAGAGAUCGAAAGUGAUGGAACCACCAUUAGGAACGAGACAUCCAAUGUCCCCGAAGCUGAAAUUACGGACCUAGAGCCUGGGACAUUGUACAACUUCAUGGUGUUUGCAGUGGCAGCUGAUGCUCAGACAGAAGGAGAGGGAGUAUCCAUAGGAGACUCUACUGGUGAGUCAGAGCUCUCGCACCCGUGUUUGUGGUGGGCCACGUGCUGCUGUGCAGACCCUUGCUGCCUUCAGGACGCAAGAGGAGAGCAGCCUUUGGGCAGUGCUGAGCUGGGCAGCCUUGUGUACAAGUCCAAAGUUGGCAAUUUUUCCUCUAGAAACUAGAUGGCUAUUGUCGCCAGAGCCAUUGCUACAGAUUUGAGCCCUGUAACCUGAUAGAACUUGUCACUGUUUGCAGUAGCAGCCAUCAGUAUAUCUGAAGGAGAAGGAGUAUCUAUAAGCCUCGAUACAAUAAGCUACAUUCCUGCCCCAGUACCUUUAUUUCAGUGUGAACCAGUGGCCAAGGAGUCUAACCUAACACUCAAAUGGAAAUGUCCUAUUGGUAACAAUUCUGGCUUCAAUAUAAAAGUAUUUAAGGAUAGCUGGGAAACAACCCAAGAGAUUCCACGGUGUACAGGAGAAAACUUGGAAACCUUCAAAAUAGGACCUUUUAAUUAUUUCACCACCUACAAUGUAAAUAUUACAACUCUUUCAAAUACAAAGGAAAGCUCUGCAGUGCACAGAAUAUGCAAUACUAGUAUUACGGACCCACCUGCUCCUGAUAUUGGUCCUUUAGUUGAGGCCAUCAGUCACACCUCCUUGUCUGUUAAAUUCUCUGGUUUUGCAUCAGUAAAUGGACCGUUAAAAGCCUACGCAAUAAUCAUUGUAACAAAAGCAUCAGGUUGUGGGUCUUCAAAGCCUGAAUUGAACUGCACAUAUAAAGAUUUCAAGCAAAAGAAGACUGCCACCUACGUAACGUAUAUUGUAGAUAUAGGGCAGUCAUCUUUGCCCUCUGAAAAUGGGACAUUCACAGUUAAUGUGGGCACUGGAAACAACGUGCAUGGCUAUGAAAAUGGGCCACUGAGUCCACUUCAUUCAUACAGGGCACGUGUGGCAGGUUUUACUAAGAUAAACUUUACUGGGGCUGACAUAAUUGUGGGAGAAGAUAGUUAUGCAUCAUUUUCCCCCUGUUCUGCGCAGGUUUUGUUACCGCAGGACCCAGGUCUCAUUGCUGGAGCUGUUAUUGGAUGCCUUUUAGCCAUACUGGCUGUAGUUGCUGUAGGGGGCUACAUAUUCUGGAAAAGGAGAAGGAAAGAUAGAAGAAAUACUGAAAUGUCCUUUUCUCCAAUUAAAGUCAAGAAAUCCAAGUUGAUUAAAGUGGAAAACUUUGAGUCUUACUUCAAGAAGCAGCAAGCUGACUCCAACUGUGGUUUUGCUGAAGAGUAUGAGGAACUCAGGCCUGCUGGAGUUCAUCAACCCAAGUUUGCUGCUGAACUUGCUGAAAACAGGGGGAAAAAUAGAUACAACAAUGUCUUGCCAUAUGAUAUUUCUCGUGUUAAACUGUCAGCCCAAAGCCAUGCAACUGAUGAUUACAUUAAUGCAAACUAUAUGCCUGGUUAUACUUCUAAGAAGGCAUUUAUUGCUGCACAAGGUCCUUUACCCAAUACUAUAGAUGACUUCUGGCGUAUGGUUUGGGAAAAGAAUAUCUACUCAAUUGUCAUGUUGACAAAAUGCGUUGAACAAGCCCGGACAAAAUGUGAGCAGUAUUGGCCAGACAAGCAAUCCAUGAGUUACGGUGACAUUAUUGUGACAAUGGUCUCAGAGAUUAGCCUUCCAGAAUGGACAAUACGGGACUUCACUGUAGAAAAUACUAACGUAUCGGAGGUUCACACGGUGCGCCAGUUCCACUUCACCUCCUGGCCGGAUCACGGAGUGCCAGAGACAACGGACCUCCUCAUCAACUUCAGGCACCUCGUUCAGGAAUACAACAGUCAGAAUCCCAUUGACUCUCCUGUGCUGGUGCACUGCAGUGCUGGCGUGGGAAGGACGGGCACCUUCAUUGCCAUCGACCGCCUGAUCCAGCAGAUGGAAAAGGAGAACAAAAACGUCGUGUACGACCUCCGCAUGCACCGGCCCCUCAUGGUGCAAACCGAGGACCAGUAUGUCUUCCUAAACCAGUGCGUUAUGGAUAUAAUUAGAUCCCAGAAAGACAAAAAAGCAGAUCUUAUUUACCAAAACAUGACGGCAAUGGCAAUCUAUGAAAACUUCACUCCCGGGCCAGGUUUUGGGAAGGCCAAUGGCUACCAUGUGUAA